UUGGAGCUGAUACCAUUCUGUUCUGCUUCUCUCUUCAGAUCGGGACUCAUGUCGGCGAAAAUGCAGCUCGUUCACUUCGCACGGCUUCUUCUGUGUCUCGUGGUUUGCAGAGACCUUUGGCACACAUAUUCAGAUGCACUGGCUGCUUCAAAAGAAACUUUAAUCACCAGUGUCAGUGAUGCCAACUUGAUGUAUGAGUUUUUACUGAGAAAACUUGUGAUUGAUGAAGACAGCAAUGUUGGAAUGCAGGACAAAGAAAUGGCAUCUAUGAAGCUGGGACGUGUUUUCUUAAGCCGUAUAAAUGAUGACAUACCCAAAACUGUGCCAGGAAUGCAGGAACUGCUGAUCAUGUUCGAAGAGGAACAGCAAUCCUUUAAUGACGAUACUUUCGAGACACUUAUCCUGGGAAUCAUCUAUUCAGCCUACCAGGCCCAUGAGAAGAGGCAGGAGAGUCAGCAGCAGGCAUGGGCAGGUGUCCUUGGGCGCCUGGCAAACGUCACUCUACGCAAAUUUUAAAAUAUGCCACAAAAUGCAGAAAACAAUCAGAGCCUGUCACAUAGUGUAUGCAUGAAACACACCAUAUCAACAUAGUCACAAUAUCAGUUUCCCAUCUUAGUGAGAAUGUGUAAAGCAGUUAUGAAAGUCCUGUAUGAAGUUACUGCUGUCCAGCGGGUGGAGUCAGACCUUAUCCUGAUCUAGCUUCUCCUACCUGAGUGCAGUUGAAAUACAGAUCUUGGGGUGGAAACGACUCAGUAUGAUGCACAUUAGAUUAUUGAGUUUGAUGGAUGCUGUAUACUGUUUUAAACAUUCUGAUAGAAAGAGCUGGAUCAGGUACAACUCCACCCUCUAAACAUUUGGUUCUGCAGCGAGGUCUAUUUAAAAAUCAUGUUUUGACCACAAUUAUGUUUUUAUUAAUCAGUAAUCUAUGUUAACAUGUGCAGUUGCACAUAUGCACAUCAGUGGUUCUUAAAGCAGCUCUUAUCACCUCCAGACAUUUUAUGGUGUAAGUUAGGAUGGAGUGAAAAGAUUUGGGUCUUUGAGAGACUCUGAGGAUUGAGGAUUGAUUUGAAACCCUAUAAUCUAUAUGAAAUCAUUACUAAUCAUUACAAGAUAAUAUGUGAAUUAUCUGAGAGUCACUAUCCUACCUUAUAUCAACAUAAUAUCAAGCCAAAUUUGAACAUUAGGAAAGCAUCAAAUUGUGACAAUGCUUUUUUAAAAAUACUUUAGAAGAAAACAGUUUGAAUUACAGUGUUUUUUUUGGGGGAAACAUAAAUCUUCUUUAUCAAAACACAACAUAGUCCUGCCCAUAAACUGUAGUCUCUCUCCAGAUGCUUACAUUGCCUAUAAGCUAAACACUGCUGAAUGCAAUGCAGAUUUUAAUCACAGAAUAUCACCAAAAACAGAAUUACAUGCAAAUGUCUAUGGAUGGUUUGGAUGGCUUGGUUUUACACGAUCUCUGGGCUUAAA